AUGGCUGUAUGUACACUCUUCCGACCCUCUUUUGAAGGUUGAAAACUGUCGUUACCGUCAUCUUUUGCAAAAAAACAAAAAAAAAAGAACAGAAAAGGACGACGAGUUGAUGUAAUUCAAGAGCCUUGUUUCCCGUCAUUGAAAAAAAAAGAGGUGGCUGUAUACUAACUUAUAUGGCCGAUUAUAGUCUAUACUUGGACGUAUACUUGAGAGAAACUCAAUCUUUGUUGCUUCAAUCUUUGCUGGAGCGUUUGCAUUUCAAGGUUUUUUCGACGUGGCAGUCAACACCUGGUGGAACAAGCACAACCACGCCAAGUUGUGGUCAACUGUUAAAACCAAGUUUGUUGAAGGUGGAGAGGAUGGCGACGACGACGAUGAAUAA